AAACUGUUUUUGCCUCUUGCUGGAAACUGAAAGUUACUCAAUAAACAUGGACUCCAAGCCUCAGAGCAACACAAUGGCUUUGGAUGUCAGGACGUGGGAGCAGAUAUUUCAAGAACUGAUCCGGCAGGAGAAAUCCCGGGCCAGAUGGACCCUGAAGUUGGAUGGGAACCUGAAGCCAGACUGUGUGGCCCCAGGGUGGAAGCAAUAUCGGCAGAAAGGAUUUGCCAGGUUCCAGUGUUCCUCAUGCCAACGGAGGUGGGCUUCUGCCCAAGUGCAGAUCCUAUGUCACAUGAACUUGCAGCCCCGGAAGUCCCAGGGCCAGGUGCUUAUGAGGACUUUUGCUCAGAGGUGCCGGAAGUGUUCCCGGUCUCAAUUUGAGAAGCCUGAGUUCUCCCUAGAUAGCACCCAGAGGAUUCUGAACAACCUGGUACAGCAUAUUCUAGAAAGAUUCUACAGAAAUGGCAUCAAGAAGGUUUCAGAGAUACCAGUGAAAUUGGAGGUGCCUUUGGAUGGGUCCCAUGACAUAGCCAAUUGUGAGGCAUGCAUCCUGGGCUUCUGUAUGAAGAACUUACAAAACUGCAUGACAGAGCCAUCCAAAUCCCCUCUAUCCUACAUGGAGAUUAGGAGUUCCUCUGAUUGCAUUGGUGAUGUGUGUGGCCAAAGCCUACCCAGGAACCGGUCAGCAGAGGCAAAGGAGACUCAGGGGAGUGGGUAUUCCUGUGCUCAUAAGGGCUCAAGGCCUCGCCAUGCUGCUGCAAGGAUCCAAGUGCCUGGGACAGAUCCUCAGCCCAGAGGGGACACAGGCCAACUGCUCACACCAGGGGCAGACCGGCAAGCCACAUGGGGAACAGGCCCCCAGUCCAUUCGAGUAGCAAGAUUACUUCCCUCAGAGUGGACAGAGCCACAGCCCAUACAAGAAGGAGGCCCACUACCUGCAGGGUGGGGACAUUCACAAUCCACACUGGGGACAAGACCAAAGGCCCCAUGGAAGACAUACUUUCAGGCUGCAAGGAUGAAAAGCCAACAGUCGGCACAGGAGGAACAAGCCACACAAGGGGCAGGUCUUCAGGCCACAAGGGUGACACACCCACAGCCCACAAAGGGGACAAUCCCAAGGGCCACAUCAGGAUCAGACACUCAGGCUACAGGGAGGGCAGGCACCCCAACACCAGGGUCAAACUCACAGCACACACGGGGGGCAAUCCCAAAGGCCACAGCAGGGUCAGGCACUCAGGCUACAGGGAGGGCAGGCACCCCAACACCAGGGUCAAACUCAUAGCACACACGGAAGGCAGGCCACACAUGUGGGCCUGGGACCUACAGUGGAACCCAAGCUGCCUGGGGCAGGCAGGAGGGGUGCUCACCCAGAGGGGCUGCUUCAGACGGCAUUUGCAGAGUCUCUCCCUCAGGGCUACCAAAUGAUUCCCUUGGCCAAGAGCAGUUGUUCAGAUUGGGCUAUGUCUGUGUUGUUGCUCUGUUUACCUUUCUUGUAUCCAGAUACUUAUAACAAAGAAACGUUAUGAUGAAACCAAAAAUGAAAAGACUUCUCUUCUCUUGUCUUAAUUCCAUAGUAAUCAGUGAAUUGGCUGCAAUUUUAAUAUUGACAGAGAAUUUGCUCUGAGACCAACGCAGGAUCAAGUUUAUAGAAUAAGCACUGGUUUCUGGACCUCCUUUGCAGAUAGUUUGAAACAUGACCUAUCAGAUAAUGGACCCAAUAAUAAAUAUUUGUUGAAUCAUUCGAAGGUUUUGGCUCAUUCAUUCACUCAUUCAUUGAUAUCAAUAUAUAUGUAGACCGUAGGUUGACAAGAACUAAGGGUUCUGAGUGUUACCGGAAAGUUAUUGUAGUAGGCUGAAUAAUGGUUCCCCAAAGAUAUCCAUGUCCUAAUCUCCAGAACCUAUAAUAUGUUUGUAAUAUAUAAAGUAUAUAAUACUUUACGUGGCUAAAGGGACUUUUCAGAUGUAAUUAAUUUAAGAAUCUUGAAAUGAGGAGAUUAUCCUGGAUUAUCCAAAUGGACCAAUGUAAUCACAAGGGUCCUUAUACGAGGGUUAAAGUCAGAAAAAAAAAUUUUAAGGAUACAAUCAGAGAUUGAAGUGAUGAGCUCUGAAGAUAGAGGAAGAGGCCAUGAGUCAAGGAAUACAGGCAGCAUUUAGAAGCUCAUAAAGGCAUAGAAAUAGAUUCUCCCCUACAGCCUCAGAAGGAACCAGCUCUGCUGACACAUGACGUUAGCCCAGUGAGACUGAUUUUAGAUUUCUAACCUCCAGAACUAUAAGACAGUAAGUUUGUGUUGCUUUAAGGCACUGAAUUUAUGAUAAUUUGUUACAGUAGCAACAGGAAACUAAUAUAGUUAUCAGUAUCACUGCAGAUAUCAGGCAAUUAUGUUUUAGGUAUGCUUCAGUUUUAACAACAACAAAAGAGUGUUUUAUUGAUUAGAAAUAUUAAUAUACCUAUCCCCUCUUAUUCUUUUUCCUCUCCUACUUAAACCCACCCAAAUAUCCCAAUCCUAAAGAGAUUUUCUAAAGAGUCAUCAAAUCAAAGGAAACCUGUUUAGGAUGGAGAUAUUUGGGUGGGCUUAAGUAGUUUGGUGACCCUUGGAGCUAUCAUAUUCUUUCACUCCUUCCAGCACUGGAGUGGGAAGCAUGUAAGAACUUGCCAGUCCUGAGAUCUUGUGACACAUGGCUACACCUUUCACUACCUAUUUCCAUAUGUCUGCUAGACAUUUCCACAUGGUUCUCAUAUCGCCAUAUCUACAUCUUCACGUUCAAAACCAUGCUCAUCAACGUCUCUGACUUUCCUGUUCUAAUUCGCCCUCGUCAUCCAAGCUUACCUCGGUCAUAUUUAAUGUCUCCUCCUUGUCAUCAGUGCUUAUUGUCCCUUCUUCUGUCAAGUUAUUCCUUAUCCACUGUUCCCCUAUAAACCCUUCUCCUCAAACAGUUCAGGAAUUUGAAUUAUUGAAAUAAUGAGGGGAUUUGAAUUUUACCUCAUAGGUAGUGGGGAGUCAUUGCAAACAUCUGAGACUAUGGGCAAUCUGAGUAGAAUCAUAUUUUGAAAACACCAUAUAUUUCUGGGAAAUAAUAGAGUAUAGGAUACAAACAGUGAGGAGUCUGGCUUGAAAAAGAAGAGUGGUAAACACAUAGAAAGAUUCUUAUAAAUAAUAAAUAUCUUGAAGGAAUUUGAAGACAGUGAAACACAAGAUGUAGGAAAACCCAAGGAUGAAAAACUUUCCUUUUUUCCUAACCACCUCUUUUCAUUUCCUCUCAGGCCACUCUCAUCAGUACUCUGCUUUUAUAUAUUCCCGCAUCCCCAAAGCACGCUACUAAAUGUGUGCAUUCCUCCUGUUUUCAUACCUUUUUGGUUCUUUCACAAAGAACAUUCACCUGGAGACUAGAGAUUUUAUUUCUAGCUUGGUUGUGUAAUAUGACCUGGGGUAAGUCAUCAUCCUUCCCUGAGCCUCAGCUUCUCCAUCUCUAUAAUAGGUUAAUAACUUCUAAUUAAACAUGGUGGAUUGAACAUAUGCAUUUCCUUCUGAUCACGCUUAGAGUCCUACUGUGUGAUGUAAAAGGGGGAAAAGAGCAUCAAUACACAAGGGCAAAGAGAAUGGCUAGAAGCUAGAAAACUGAUGGACUAGUGAUAGGGAAAUGACUUAGCAGAGUAGAGAAAACUGGAAUAGAAGUUAGGCAAGGGAAAACUGAGGUGCAAGGCAAAUGAUGUGGUACCAUUUCAGAAAAACUAAAAAACUGUAGGCAAUAAGUAGCUCUGAAUGUGGGUAUUAGGAAGCCUGAAGUGGAAGGAUUGGUUGAAAGCCUCUAUAUAAAUUUCCUUUUCCCCACUCCUACGCAGCCUGGUAACCACUCUUAACUUAUUCCAGGAUGAACAGUGGAGGUCUAUUCUCUGAAGACAUUGACCCAAAGGGACUCUGGGCUCAGGGACUCAGGCAUAGCUAAGGGAGGGAGUACCACCUAGCAAUCAGAAAGACAGUGAAAGUUUACAUACUGAAUAGAUGCACUCCCUUAGCCCACUACCAAACUUAGAAGGCAGCAUUAUAUCCUACCCAUCGUCCCCUCAAAUACAUGGAUAAUGGAUAGUUCCUCAUUGGGAAAACUGAUCAGCUCAACAGAA